UCCUCAGGAGUUUCUUCCUCAGGAGUUUCUUCCUCAGGUGUGUCGUCACCAGGAGUUUCUUCCUCUGGAGUUUCUUCCUCAGGAGUUCCAUCCUCAGGAAUUUCUUCCUCAGGAGUUUCUUCCUCAGGGGUGUCGUCACCAGGAGUUUCUUCCUCAGGAGUUUCUUCAUCAGGAGUUCCAUCCUCAGGAGUUUCUUCCUCAGGAGUUUCUUCCUCAGGAGUUUCUUCCUCAGGGGUGUCGUCACCAGGAGUUUCUUCCUCAGGAGUUUCUUCCUCAGGGGUGUCGUCACCAGGAGUUUCUUCCUCAGGAGUUCCAUCCUCAGGAGUUUCUUCCUCAGGAGUUUCUUCCUCAGGAGUUUCCUCAUCAGCAGUUUCUUCCUCAGCAGUUUCUUCCUCAGCAUUUUCUUCCUCAGCAGCUUCUUCCUCAGGACCGUCUUCAUCAGGAGUUUCUUCCUCAGGAGUUUCUUCGUCUGGAGUUUCUUCCUCAGGAGUUUCUUCCUCAGGAGUUUCUUCCUCAGGAGUUCCUUCCUCAGGAGUUUCU